AUGUCACGGUAUUGGCUGGCGGCUAGACGUCCUCUCUCCGUCACGUGUCGCCACUACAGUUGCUGUCGCUGUCGCUACUAUUCUUUUAGUCCUACACUACCGUUACCCAUGAGUAAGAAACAAGUCACUUUGGCAAGAUUUUUUGCCAAGAGAGAACCCAAAGACGAAGAAAAACAAUCAUCAUCACCAGUGAAAGAACAGGUACAAAUACAAGGACAACCACAACAAGAGCAAGUAAAAAUACAACCGCAAGAACAGAAGCAAAUUGUAGUGCCGCAAGAAGUGACGACAUCAACGCAAACUCCGCGUCCUACGAAAAAAUCAAAACCCGCCACCUCAUCACUACCUUAUGCUGAUCUGUGUCAGUUGUUUGAAACCAUCGAAUCUGAAUCAUCUCGUCUUACCAUCACAAAUUUAUGUACCGCUUUUUUCUCUCGUACACUACAACUUGACCCAUCUUUACUAGUGCCUGUCACUUACUUGUGUAUCAAUAAAUUGGGCCCCGACUAUUCAGGUGUAGAAUUAGGUCUUGGUGAAGGUCUUCUAUUAAAAGCCAUCGGUUCUGCAUGUGGUGUUUCUCAACAACAAUUGAAAUUACAAUAUAGAAAAUUAGGUGAUUUGGGUCAGCUUGCCAUGUCUACUAGAGUAUUGCAACCAACCAUCACCAUGUUUAAAUUAGAACCAUUAACCAUUACAAAAGUAUUCGAUACCUUAGCAAAAAUUGCUGCUUCUCAAGGUAAAGACUCUCAAAAUCAAAAAAUUAAUAUGAUUAAACGUUUACUUACCUCAUGUCAAGGUGUAGAGGCCAAAUUCUUGAUCCGUUCAUUAGAAUCCAAAUUAAGAAUCGGGUUGGCUGAGAAAACUGUCUUGACUUCACUAGCGAGAGCUCUUGUCAUUCAUGAAAAGGGAAACGACAAUAUACAAGACGAUGACUAUUCUAAUGCAGAACAAAUCAUCAAGGAUUCAUUUUGUCAAAUCCCCAAUUAUGAAAUUAUCAUCACCACUUCAUUACAAUACGGUGUUUCACAAUUAGCUUCACAUAUAAAAUUAACUCCAGGGAUCCCAUUGAAACCAAUGUUGGCAAAGCCUACAAAAUCCAUCUCCGAAGUAUUGGAUACAUUCCAAAAUAUCCAAUUCACUUCAGAAUAUAAGUAUGACGGUGAAAGAGCUCAAGUGCAUUUGUUACCUGAUGGCUCCAUGCGUAUCUAUUCCAGAAACGGUGAAGAUAUGACUCAAAGGUAUCCAGAAUUAAAUAUCCAAGAUUAUCUGGUAGACUCUACUACCACAACUCAAUUAAUUUUGGAUUGUGAAGCUGUCGCAUGGGAUGUCGAAUUACAAAAAAUCUUACCUUUCCAAGUAUUAAGUACACGUAAGAGGAAAAGUGUGGAUUUGAAAGACAUUAAAGUUAGAGUAUGUUUAUUUGCCUUUGAUAUAUUGCGUCAUAACAAUGAUUCAUUAAUUAACAACACUUUAAGAGAAAGACGUGACAUUUUACAUUCAAUUACAAAACCAUGCCCUGGUCAAUUCCAAUUCGCUACAGAACUAACUACAUCAAACUUGGAUGAAUUACAAACGUUCCUGGAUAAAGCUAUCAAGGAUUCUUGUGAAGGUCUUAUGGUCAAAUCCUUGGACGGUACAGAUUCUCAUUAUGAGCCAAGUAAGAGAUCAAGAAACUGGCUGAAAUUGAAAAAAGAUUAUUUACAAGGUAUGGGGGACUCGCUAGAUUUAUGUGUAUUGGGUGCCUACUACGGUCGUGGGAAGAGAACAGGGACAUACGGUGGUUUCUUACUCGCGUGUUAUAAUCAAGAUACUGAAGAAUUCGAAACUUGUUGUAAGAUCGGUACAGGGUUUUCCGACGAAAUGUUGCAGACUCUUUACAAUGGUUUGAAAGAGACAGCUAUCGAGUCCCCAAGAGCUAAUUUUGUUUUUGAUUCUUCAGCGGAACCUGAUGUUUGGUUCAAUCCAACAAUGGUCUUUGAAGUGUUGACUGCAGAUUUAUCUUUGUCCCCUAUUUAUAAAGCAGGGUCCACAGUUUAUGGCAAGGGGAUUUCUCUAAGAUUUCCACGUUUUAUAAGAAUUAGAACUGAUAAAUCAGUAAACGAUGCGACUUCUUCCGAACAAGUUAUUGAUUUCUAUGAAAAUCAAUCUCACUUGCAAAGUUAA